AUGGCAACUUUUAGAUCAGAAUAUGAUACUUUUGGUGAAGUUAAAGUUAAUGACGAAAAGUAUUGGGGUGCCCAAACUCAAAGAUCAUUAGAAAACUUUGAUAUUGGUGGUGAAGCAGAAAAAAUGCCAUUACCAGUCAUCCAUGCUUUUGGUAUCUUAAAACGUUCAGCUGCUAUUGUCAAUAAGAAAUAUGGUUUAGAUGCUACUAUUGCCGAUAACAUCUCUAAAGCUGCCACUGAAGUUAUUGAAGGUAAAUUAGAUGAUCAAUUCCCAUUAGUCGUUUUCCAAACUGGUUCAGGUACACAAUCAAACAUGAAUGCCAACGAAGUUAUUUCAAAUCGUGCUAUUGAAUUAAUGACAGGUAAAAGAGAUUUUUCAAAGAAACUUGUUCACCCAAAUGAUCACGUCAACAAGAGUCAAUCAUCAAACGAUUCAUUCCCAACUGCAAUGCACAUUGCCGCUGCCAUUCAAAUUAACAAAAAAUUAAUUCCAGCUUUAGAAACCCUCUUAAAUGCUAUGAAAGAAAAACAAAACGAAUUUGAUAGUAUCAUUAAAAUCGGUCGUACUCAUUUACAAGAUGCCACUCCAUUAACCUUAGGUCAAGAAUUCUCUGGUUAUUGCACCCAAAUCGAAUAUGGUAUUUUAAGAAUUAAAGAUACCCUCCCAAGACUCUACAGUUUAGCUCAAGGUGGUACAGCUGUUGGUACUGGUUUAAAUACCCCAAUUGGCUUCGAUGUUGAUAUUGCCAACGAAAUUGCCAAAUACACCGGCCUCCCAUUCAAAACCGCCCCAAAUAAAUUUGAAGCUUUAGCUGCUCACGAUGCUAUGGUUGAAGUUAGUGGUGCCCUUAACACCAUUGCUGUUUCAUUAAUGAAAAUCGCCAACGAUAUUCGUUUACUUGGUUCAGGUCCACGUUGUGGUUUAGGUGAAUUAAUUCUCCCAGAAAAUGAACCAGGUUCAUCAAUUAUGCCAGGUAAAGUUAAUCCAACUCAAUGUGAAGCCAUGACCAUGGUCUGCGCUCAAGUUAUGGGUAACAACACUGCCGUCACUAUUGGUGGAAGCAAUGGUCACUUUGAAUUAAAUGUAUUCAAACCAGUUAUCAUCAAGAAUGUUCUCUCCUCAAUUCGUCUCAUUGCUGAUGCCUCAAUUUCAUUCACCAAAAACUGUGUUGUUGGUAUUCAAGCCGAUAAAAAGAGAAUCGAUCAACUUUUACACGAAUCACUCAUGUUGGUCACUGCUCUUAACCCAUACAUUGGUUAUGAUAAAGCUGCUCAAUGUGCCAAAAAAGCCCACAAAGAAAAAACCACUCUUAAACAAGCCUGUCUUUCAUUGGGCUAUCUUACCUCUGAACAAUUUGAUGAAUAUGUUAGACCAGAAAACAUGGUUAAACCAGUUUUAAAUUAA